AAAAGAUAAUAUAUAUAUAUAGGAAAUGUAUGGUGGAUAUAAAACCGAUAUUUUAUAUUCUUCUAUAUAUACUGGCCAUUCCCUUAGUUGAAAUCACAUAAAGCAUCAGAAGAAGAAAAAGAAAACUACAAAAUCAAUCAAAGAGAAGUAAGAGAAAUGGCAGGUUCUAACUGUGGAUGUGGCUCCUCCUGCAAAUGUGGUGAUUCGUGCAGUUGCGAGAAGAACUACAACAAGGAGUGUGAUAACUGUAGCUGUGGAUCAAACUGCAGCUGCGGGUCAAGCUGUAACUGUUGAAGAAAUUAUCAGCAUGGUCUCAAACCAAGGAAAAUGGGAAAAAAAUGUGUUUUAUGCUAAGAGAUCUUUGUGUAUGUUGGAAUAAAGACUUGGCAUUGUGUUGCGUAAUGAGUAAGAGUAACUAUUAAGCUUGCUUGACUUGUUCCUGCUGUGUAAUGUUUUUAUUUGUAACCUAAAUCAUAAAUAGUAUAUGUAUUCUUUUGCGUUUGUAUGUGUAUAUGUCUCCUCUCUAACGAAAACCAUAAUUUAAAAGGCUAUACAUAUUUUCACGUUUUGACUAAAA